CGCGCUUUGUGUGAUCUGCUGGGAAUGCAGCGCGAGUGCGCGGCCCGGGGGAGUGUCGGGCCGACCUGGGGGAGUUGUCAGAAAGUUUGUGCGGGAGUGGCUGCAGGUCGGAGUCGUGGAGUGUGUAGGAGAGUGCACCGAAUGUAGUGUCGACGGUGUUGCUGCCUCGAGCCAGUUAGGUUGUUCCAGGUGUGCCCGAGGCCCAGCCCAGCCCCCAGACACCAUGUCAGACAGUGAUCUGGGCGAGGACGAAGGCCUCCUCUCCCUGGCAGGCAAGAGGAAGCGCAGAGGGAAUCUGCCCAAAGAGUCUGUGAAGAUCCUCCGGGACUGGCUGUACUUGCAUCGCUAUAACGCCUACCCCUCGGAGCAGGAGAAGCUGAGCCUUUCUGGACAAACCAACCUAUCAGUGCUGCAGAUAUGUAACUGGUUUAUCAACGCCCGGCGGCGCCUGCUCCCAGACAUGCUCCGGAAGGACGGCCAGGACCCCAACCAGUACACCAUUUCCCGCCGAGGGGGGAAGGCCUCAGAGGUGGCCCUCCCCCGUGGUGGCAGCCCCUCGGUGCUGGCUGUGUCUGUCCCGGCGCCCACCAGCGUGCUGUCCCUGUCCGUGUGCUCCAUGCCACUCCACUCAGGCCAGGCGGAAAAGCCAGCAGCCCCCUUCCCACAGGGAGAGCUGGAAGCCCCCAAGCCCCUGGGGCCCCCUGGGAGCACACUCAACCUGCUGACCAGGGCUGAAGCCGGGAGCCCCACAGGUGGACUUUUCAACACACCCCCACCCACACCCCCGGAGCAGGACAAGGAGGAUUUCAGCAGCUUCCGGCUGCUGGUGGAGGUGGCACUACAGAGGGCUGCUGAGAUGGAGCUUCAGAAGCAGCAGGCCCCGUCGCCCCCAUUACUGCACACUGCCAUCCCCUUAGUCUCUGAAAACCCCAAGUAGGCAUCUGCCAUUGGGUGCUCAAGGCUCGAGCCGGGUGUCCUGGGUUUCUGUCUCGCUUCCGUUUCAUACAGAGGGUUUUCUUUGGAUCACUGCCAAACAUCAGGAUUAUCUCCUCUGUCCAGAGGUCUUCAGCAGGAAGACCCCUGGGGUCACUGUGCUGUGAUGGGGACCUCUCCUCUGCUGACUCUGCCGUUUCUCCAGGCCUCAGUGAUGAGACCAAGCGAAUGGAGACAGGCAUGGUGCUGCUGCUACCUCUCCGGAGAAUCUGCAGGACCCUGUGUGCCAGCCUGCUUUCCUGUGCUGGGCAUGGGACACCUGCCAAGUUCACACCUACGCUGGGUCCACCUUGCCCCUGAGCCAACCUCUUUUUGUUAAGCCAACUGUGGACAUUCCAAGUUCCUAAGUGUAUACAAGAGAAAAGAGGAACCCAGCAGAUGUAACAGAACCAACUCCAAUCGAAUGUUUAGGUUUUUGCUAAACUUUGCGUUUGUUUUUCCCCUUUUGCUGUGGUUUGCAUUGAUGGGGGGGGGGAUGGUGAGCGCAGGUGUGGGGAACAGGAGUGCGUUGUGUGAUGCAGGCUGAUGAAUCGGGAAUGAUCCGCCACUGCAGCUGGUGAUCGUUUUACAAGGAAGGAGUAUUUUUAUUUGGGGGACCAGCUAAAUCUGUGCAAAAUUCCAAAUGGUUGGUGGAUUGUUGGUUUGGUUUACCAAAAAAAGGAGGAAACACUUUUAUGGGCUUUGGCUUUUCUGCAUCGGGCACAGGAGGAAAUAAAGCCACAGCCAGAGAGAGGGUCCAACAGAGAAUCUGACCAAACCUUCUAGGCGCAGAGCAGAGAAGGAUGAUAAAACCAGAGAGGUGUGUUUUUCUAUUUUUGUUUUUACUGUAUUUUUUGGGGGGGUGGGGGAAGUAAGCUAGACUGAGGCAGUGGGGUUUUUUUUCCCUCUUUAAUGUUUUCCCCUUCUUUAUCCUUGAAAGCUUUACCUUGCAUCCCGACUUUUGGAUUCCUUUAGAAACUUGGAUUAGUGGGGCCAGAAUGGCAGAAGCUCGGAGUAGCUCCUACUUGGAGAGAAGUGAGCCAUCUGCUGGAAGAUUUUCCCACACUAGUGGCAGGAAACUGUUCCUGGAGUAAGCAGGGGAAUAGUGCCCCCAGCUGCCUGAGGAACUGCCUUCCCGGGAGCCUGGGGCUGGAAAUGAGGAAGCCUGUUCACCAUGUCUUUGUGAUGCACCUUUCUUUAAAUUGGAAUUGCGGAGGCCUCUGCCCUGAACUUCACAGUGAAACAGGUCACAGUUGGUCUUAUUCUCCUCCCCCUGCCCCAUUUUUUAUUUUGCUGUUUCCUUGCUGACAGCGUUCAACAGCAACAUACCCCAUCUUUAUAUAUCCUAAGAAACACUAAUCCUAGGUUUUUAUUAGUUAAAAUAUUUUUGUUCAGUGUAACAUUGUUACUGGGUCAAAAGACAGGUCAGGAACCCCAGCCUGUAGUUUCCUGAACUUGCCAGGUCCGCCUCAAGGGCAGGGGAGAGUUACUGGGUGUUGACUGACCUGGAUGGGCUUGGCCAGGAGAAAAGGCAGCAGAGUGUGUUCUGUCCCUUCUGGAUGAUGCCUGAAGCCUUCAGGGAGGCGCCCUCACUGCUGAGUGGUCUGGCCUACCCAUUGCUGUUGGAGCAGGGAUUAGUUAUUUAAGGAGAGAGAGCUCUGCUUUGUGACUGGGCAAGUUUCCCAGACCCUCUUUUGCCUCCCCCACCCCGCCUUGCAUGCCCUGGAGUGGGGGCAGGGGAUCAGGGACCCUCACCCUCCUGAGGCCCAGCUAGGGAAGAAUGAACAUGGCAGCUUCAAGAUUAAUUGAAGUUGCUGUUUGCCCAGCCUUUUCCACCCCACCCAUGUCUGUGAGCCUAGGUCUGACGUGACUGCUGCAAGACACUUGUAGCAGGGGACCCUGGAAGUGUAUUGGGCCGGGGUGGGACAUUUUCUUGCCGCAGUGCACUGAGCAGUGGAGGUGGUGAGGGGUGUGGGCGCCGUGCUGCUGAAUUCUGGUUGGCAUUCCCCCCUUGUGCAAGACAGGGAGGCUGGGUGUCCGGCAGCCUCUGCUUGGUUUGGUUGUGAAAUAAACCUGGAGGAGAAGCACAGUUAUCCCGUUGAAUAAUUUGAACACAAAACUACUGUAAAUAACUUUUGUUUUUGUCUUUUGUCAAAUAAAGUUGUUUGGGU